ACAAAUCAGUUUAGUUUUAACAUUCAUCUACUAGCUAGGUGAAUUAAACAACGUGUGUACUGUGUGUAACGUUAUAUAAGUUUUGGGAUUUGGAUAUCGGAUAAAUCGUACUUUCCUGAUAAUAAAUUCUAUAUUCUGAUACUAUAAAUUACCUUUCAACUUGAUAAGGAUGUAAAUUGUAAUGAUCCGAUUUCGUGGUCGAUAAAGGAUGCAGUACUUGUACGACUUUUAAUUUGUAAUCUAAUAAUAAAGGACAAGCCAUGUGUAUGCACAUGUGGAUGUGGUUUGGUUAUGAUGUUGGUGAGCUGUUGUUUUCCGGACUUAACAUCAAGACACGGUGGAGCUUUGCUCUAACUUGGAUUGUGCUCUUCUUUGUGUCGCUGCUAUUUGAAGCAUCCAAGGUUUACCUAGCACGGGUGCAGCGAGCUGCUCACAAGAAACUUUACCCAUACCGCUCCGAUGAACGAAGGAAUCUUCUGUGCGAACGAGAGCAAGGUAAUCCGAUGGAGCCAACAACAAGUAGAAACACAAGUACCGGGCAAGUCAGUCGGUGGUAUUCUUUUAGACUUAGGACUUUAGUAAAUUUGCACCAGACUGCCAUAUUCCUGGUUCACAACGUGGUUGGCUAUCUACUCAUGUUAGUCGUUAUGGUGUAUAACGUUCAGUUAAUACUCGCUGUGGUGCUUGGCAUGAUGCUAGGCUAUUUCUUAUUCGGACCAAAAUUAACAAUGCUACAGAUGCAAUGUUUCGGGACCAAGCGAGUGGUUAUCUGUACUCCUGAAUGUGAUGAUACAGCCGAAAGCACAACCCCACCGCUACUAAACUCCGGAUCCAGCACAGAGUCUGACAAUUUCAUCUGUCAAACCCGCACCUGCAUACAGCCCUCACAUUACUUCCCAGCAUCCACCUCGACAGAUCGAUCCAACACCUGCUACUAUGGAGCCAAACGUUGUCCGUCCAAAGUUGCCAGAGCGAAAAAACAAAGUUGCCACAAAGAAAAUUCUAGUGUUGAAGCGCAGUUAUUACAAACGGAGCGACAGGGAUGCUGCAAGGAGUCUCCGCCUGAUACUUGUUGUUCCAGUCAAGAUACGCAAGCCGUGAUCCAUGAAGCGGAAACAGAGAAAGUGGAGAGAGAGGACAGCCCUCAGAUCACGUGCUGUCACGCGAAGUCAACCAGUGAUAGUCAAGAAGAAAUAAUGCAAACGUGACGGUAUUUUACUUUUUUUUUUUGGUUUGUUAUUAUAUAUUUGGACACUUGAAGUGACCACGAUUGCUUUAUGAAAACCGAAUUGAGUAUUUGCUCAUUAUUAUUGCUUCCAAAUAAAUACUCGGACUUGUUAAUACGUAAAACGAUGUUAAACUAUUGCAAUAGUAAUUAAUAUUACGAAUUUAUAGUUAUUAUUGAUAGUAUCCUUUGCAUAUAAGUGCCUUGAGCCUGGAAGCCAUUAUUUUUAAAUGUAAAUAUUUUAAAUGACGAGGUCCAACUGGGAAAUUGUAUCAUCAGACUUCUGGCGAUUGUAAAUUGUUAAGUUUCCACUUUAGAACAUAAUUGUAUAUAUUUUGGGGAUAUGUUAUAUAAAUAUAUAAUAUAGAAAAUAGCAUAGGAACUGUUUAAGUAUGACGUAAGCAAUUCUACGACUUUAUUUUAACGAUUUUAUUUGGUGAUAACGUCAAUGUUAAUUAUUUAAUUUUUACACAUAUUACGCACACAUUGUCCACUUGAAAAUGAAAUGCGAAUUUUCGAGGAUUACAAAAACUUAUUUUUGGGAGCUUUGCUUACAUUUGCUGACAAGAGGGGGGGUGCUUAAAUACAUUGCAGUAAAUCUGCUUACGUAAUACUUGACAGCCCCGUAUCUAUACUUUCAAAGGCUGUCGGCGCUAAACGUAUUUUCAGAAAUGCGUGCAGCAGAACCUGGUUAAAAAGACUUAAAGGUUAUUUAUUAUAUAAAUAAGUUUAGUUAUUUUCAUAUUUAUUCGUUCUUGAUGAGCCGAAAAUAUUAAAUUUAUAAAUAAAUAUCUUC